GAUUGUUAACUCUUACAUGGACAUGGAUAGUUAAUGACGGAAACCAGUAGACUAAGCUGCGGCGCGGAAUUUACUGUUAACUUCUCAAACCGUUUGUGCCACUAAUUAGCUCCCCCAUCAAAAAAAUAAAAGCCCAUAUGAUGUGAUUGGGUGGUGCUGGACUCUUAGUGGCCACAUUAUGUCUGUCUUUAGAUAUUUAUAUGGGUGUAUUUGUAGAUUGAGACAAUUCAUUAAGAGUUGAGGCUGUUUUUUUUUCUUUUUUCUUUUUUUAGCGCUAAAAUUCGAAUUCGCGGCUAUUUUGGUAAUUAGCUCAGGCUCUUCCGCCUCUCAAAUCACUUGAAACUACAUCUCCCAGCAUGCUCUGAAGCUGGUCUGACCUCAUUUCAAAUGGCCCCGUAGGGCAACAAGGAUGGUUAGUUCUGACCGUGCUUAUUUGUGCCAUAAAAUAUCGAUCCUAAUUGGCAGCUAUUUGGGCUUUUAUAUCUGCCGACCUCCCAGUUUUGAACUGUGGUCACUAAAUUAAGGGAUUCUGGCCUGAGAAGGCCCAUGCAUUCCUUCAACUGGAUGGGGAGCUGGGACAGUGACACUGGCGAUCUUGAGAAUAGGAAGGAAUGUUGACCAGGGAGCACCACUGCGGCCGAUCAGAGGAGCAGGAACCCGAGCCCGGGCUGAGUCCGAAAAAAGCCGGAUCCGGACGGUGGCUUCGGAACGGCUGUAAGUUGAAGAUGGAGGAGCCAGAGGAACCGGCAGACAGUGGGCAGUCACUACCCCCGGUUUACAUUUACAGUCCCGAGUAUGUUAGCAUGUGUGACUCUCUGGCCAAAGUCCCCAAACGGGCCAGUAUGGUACAUUCCUUGAUUGAAGCAUAUGCACUGCAUAAGCAAAUGAGGAUAGUUAAGCCCAAAGUGGCCUCCAUGGAGGAGAUGGCCACUUUCCACACAGACGCCUAUCUGCAGCAUCUCCAGAAGGUCAGCCAAGAAGGAGAUGAUGAUCAUCCAGACUCCAUAGAAUAUGGAUUAGGUUAUGACUGCCCAGCCACCGAAGGGAUAUUUGACUACGCAGCAGCUGUAGGAGGGGCUACAAUCACAGCUGCCCAGUGCCUGAUUGAUGGAGUGUGCAAAGUAGCAAUCAACUGGUCCGGAGGGUGGCAUCAUGCAAAGAAAGAUGAAGCAUCUGGUUUUUGUUAUCUCAAUGAUGCUGUCCUGGGAAUACUACGAUUGCGACGGAAAUUUGACCGUAUUCUCUAUGUGGAUUUGGAUCUGCACCACGGAGACGGUGUAGAAGAUGCCUUCAGUUUCACCUCCAAAGUCAUGACAGUGUCCCUGCACAAAUUUUCCCCAGGAUUUUUCCCAGGAACAGGGGACGUGUCUGAUGUUGGCCUAGGGAAGGGACGGUACUACAGUGUGAACGUGCCCAUUCAGGAUGGCAUACAGGACGAGAAGUAUUACCACAUCUGCGAAAGUGUGCUAAAGGAGGUCUACAUAGCCUUUAAUCCAAAAGCAGUGGUCCUACAGCUGGGAGCUGAUACAAUAGCUGGGGAUCCCAUGUGCUCCUUUAACAUGACUCCCGUGGGAAUUGGCAAGUGUCUUAAGUACAUCCUUCAGUGGCAACUGGCAACACUCAUUUUGGGAGGAGGAGGCUAUAACCUUGCCAACACGGCUCGAUGCUGGACAUACUUGACCGGGGUCAUCCUAGGGAAAACACUAUCCUCUGAGAUCCCGGAUCAUGAGGGUGAAAAUAAUCACGGACAAGAGGGGGAGGAGAUUUAUGUGAAUAAAUAAGAUACUGUUUUACAGCCAAGGCAACAUUCAGAUUCUCAGCUGGCAGAAGAAUUCUUGAGCCUGAUCUGUAGUGAAAGCAUGAGCAAACUGCUAAAUGGAAUGCAAAGAGAACCCUGGGCUUAAUCUCCGUUCCAGUCAGUCUACAGAGGAGGUUCAGAGCAGUACUAUUCCUGGAAGGCGAGGUGCUUACCCACACGCUGCCCCACCCCCAGCGUGAGAAAUCCCGGGCCUCCAGGACCAUGCCAGCAGCCUGGCUCUUAUUUCGGCGGUCCAGUUGCUUUGGUGAAAUCGGAGUGAACACUGCCUAUCCCUGAAAGGACCACUCUGAAAGCGAUUUAUAAACUGUAAAGUACCAGGGGACGUCAGGUGGCCCUGUCACUCACCCGUUUCGGUUGUAGACUGCACUCCUUCAGUUGUCUUUUUUCAUUAUUGGACAAAAACCACAGAGUGUUGUGGUGAGAGGUCAGGCCCUGCCUAUAAUCAAUCAUGCACAAGGCCCAGGGCCUAGAAGCAGAAAUCGGCCUUAAUUCGGGAUUUCCCAGUCUACACAUGGAGAGCAUUUGCCAGUCAGCCACCUCACAAAGACGUCAGAGACUGGUCAAGAAAUGACCCUCAGAAAGUUUUGGGUGGGCAGAGGGCUUUAAAGCUUUUUGAAGGAAAAACUCUCAAUUUCAACAUGCCAUUAUUACUUCUGCCCUGAAGUAAAAGCCCUGGUGUUUAUAUAGCCUUUGAUUCCAAUGUCAAAUAUCGGAUGACUCCUCACAGCUUUGUUCUGAAGUGGGGAGAAGGCAGUCAUGCCAGCGUCGCCGACUCCAGUCGGAGGCUCUGCCUUCGGUGACUGGACGCUAAGAUCGAAGAGCCAAAGGUCCAUCCACGUUGCCGGCUGGGGCCUCCUUGCCCUAUAUUAAAGGACUUCUGUCUCUGGCUAGCACCUCACCCAGGCUCUCCAUUUAGUAAACAAAGGAACUUGAAAUUUGUAAUAAAAUUAAAUUGAAAAAAACAAGAGCUUCAUCAUUCCAUUCACCCAUCUGCCCAUUGUUUAUUUGGAGUGUGUACUUAACAGCACUUUCUAGAACAGAGUAAUCCCUACGUAGAGACAAAGAUGGCUCAAAGACCAGGGCAUGGGGGUGUGGGGGGAAGGAACAUUGCAUUCCUUCCCUCCCCAUCCUCCUUUUCCCAGAGCCCAUCCAGCUGACAGGUGCCAGAAGGGAAGAAAUGUUCACAAAUGUUAGUUUCCAGCCCCAAAGAAGCUGUCACGAAAGGGAGACAGAACAAGGCAGCUCAUAAAAUCC